GUGACAAAACCGAUAAUUAUAACUACCGAAGAAGUUGUAAUUCAGAAAGGAGCUGUGACUAAGAAAAAGUGUAAUAAUAACGAUCGGAUCGAAGCCAUAACUCAGGAAAAAUCACCAUCCGUAAAUCCAAGAUAUACCAUGUCAUAUUCACAAACGUUAGAAGCAACAGCGAGCGGAUAUGAAAUCGAUAUUGAAAUUAACACCCAUUCUGCUGAUAAAGAAAAAACUGCAGUCAGAGAAAUUAUAAAAGGAGGAGGUCCUUCUGGUUCUAAGAUCCUUGAUGAUGGAAUGUAUGUCGACGUUGCUCAAAAACCAACCAGUUUUUCUAUUAACGACGAGUCAGAUGAUACAAGUAUAAGCAACAGAAAAAGAAAACAUGAAUUACAUGAUGAAGUUUAUUACAAGUUAUUACUUGCUAUACUUAAAGUUAGCAAAACAAUUCAAAGCUCUCGUGAUUAUUGGAAAAAAAGUUAUAUUUUAAGGGAUAAAAAUGAAAAAGAAGAAUAUAAAGUUAUAGUGAAUAAAGGAGUCAUUAAA